AUGGCUUUUCUUAAGGCAGCAGUUAUUGUUGCCCUAAUUUCCACUUUCGUCACACUCGCUUCCUCUGUUCCUUUCAUAGUUCUGCAUGGAAUUGGAGAUAAAUGCAGUAAUGCAGGAGUGAAACAUUUCACAGAGCUUUUAGGUGAUUGGUCUGGUUCUCAGGGAUAUUGCUUGGAGAUUGGGAAAGGCUCGUGGGACUCAUGGACCAUGCCCCUUCUUGAUCAGACAGCGGUUGUUUGUGAGAAGGUGAAGAGUAUGCCUGAGCUUAGUGACGGUUACAGCAUUGUGGGGCUUUCUCAAGGUAACAUGAUUGGUCGAGCUCUCAUUGAGUUUUGCGAUGGAGCGCCACCUGUUAAGAACUUUGUAUCAGUAGCUGGUCCUCAUGCUGGCACUGCAUCGAUUCCUUUCUGUGGCGCUACAUGGAUUUGCAUCAUGUUGGACAGUAUGAUCAAAACAGAGAUCUAUAGCGACUAUUUGCAGGAACAUUUAGCUCCGAGCGGUUUUCUGAAAAUCCCAACUGACAUUGCCGGUUACAUGGAAGGAUGUAGGUUUCUCCCAAAGCUAAACAAUGAGCUUCCAGUUAAAAACUCGACUUAUAAAGAGAGGUUCUCAAGCUUGGAGAAUCUCGUGCUUAUUAUGUUUGAGCAUGACACAAUACUGAUACCUAAAGAGACCUCAUGGUUUGGAUAUUAUCCUGAUGGGUCUUUUAAGACCAUUCUUCCGCCACAAGAGACGAAGCUGUAUACCGAGGACUGGAUCGGUUUAAGAAGCUUAGACGAAGCUGGAAAGGUGAAGUUUGUUAACGUCUCUGGGAAUCAUCUUCAGAUAUCACAUGAAGACAUGAAGAAGCAUAUAGUGCCAUACCUAAGUGACAAAGCAUCAUCAUCAUCAUCGUCAUCAUCGUCAUCAUCAGUAAUAAUGGAAGUUUCCGAGUAUUCUUCCUCGCAAAAGUGGCUUCCAAAAGUGUAG